AUGAGAUCCCACGCGGUGCUUGCACUGGUGCUGUGCAUCUUCGCUGCAUUUGCCGCUGCCUGGACUAAAGAAGACCACGAAAUCUUCCGCCUGCGUGACGAAGUCGCCAAAGUCGAGGGCCAAAAUGUCACUUUUUACGAUCUCCUCGGUGUCAAGCCCAACGCGUCGCAAGACCAAUUGACCAAAGCCUUCCGCAAGAAGUCGCGCGACCUCCACCCUGACAAGGCUCGCCAGACAUUUGUUGCCAACUAUGCGAAAAAGAACAAGAAGAAGGGAACCUCUGUCGGCAAGCAGCCAUCAAACAGGGAAAUCGAGGCUCAUGUGCAAAAGGUCACAGCCGCCUACCAGAGGCUGUCAGUCGUCGCCAAGAUGCUUCAGGGCCCCGAACGCGAACGUUACGAUCACUUCUUGAGGAACGGUUUCCCUGCAUGGAAGGGCUCCGGCUACUACUACGACCGCUUCCGCCCUGGUCUUGGUUCUGUCAUUGUUGGUCUUCUUACCGUCUUUGGUGGUGGAUUCCACUACUUCGCCCUCGUCAUGGGAUGGAAGCGCCGCAGGGAGUUUGCUGAGAGGUAUAUCCGACAAGCACGCAAGACUGCGUGGGGCGACGAGAGUGGCCUCCAGGGUAUUCCAGGCAUCGACGACACUCCCCCCGCCGUCAAUGCCCAGCAAUUCGAAACUGACUCGCCUGACGACACCCCUGAUGAGCAGAUCCCCAGGAACCGUCGCGAGCGACGUGCCAUGGAGAAGGACGCCCGCAAGCCCAAGAAGGUCCAAGCUGUGAGGAAGGCACGCACCGAUGGCAUCAGCGCUCCGGCCGAGCCAGAGGUUGUUUCCGGUCCCCAGGGAGCCAAGAAGCGCAUCGUGGCUGAAAACGGCAAGAUCCUCGUCGUCGACUCUGUCGGUAAUGUCUUCUUGGAACACGAGACUGAGGAUGGCCAAAAGGGUGAAUUCCUGAUUGACCCCAACGAGGAACCCAAGCCCACCAUCUACGAUACUCUCCUCUUCAAGCUUCCCAAAUUCGCCUACAACCAGUCCGUCGGACGUGUCUUGGGCAAGAAGGAACUCCUUGACGAGCCUCUCCUAAACUCAUCUGACCUCCCCGAAGACGAAGCCGCCAUUCAGAACGCCACGGCAUCCAACCUCAACGGCGAGGCAAGGAAGCGCAAAGCUAUGGCCAAGAGGGCAAGGUAA